AUGGCAAUGAUUCAGCAUAAAGUUGUAUUUGUAGGAAAUUCAGCUGUAGGCAAAACAUCUAUCAUUAACCAAUAUAUGUACGAUUCUGUAUCAGCUGAUCACCAACCAACAGUUGGUAUCGACUUUUUCGCAAAAACAGUAAAUUACGAAGGCAAAUCUAUUAGAAUGCAGAUCUGGGAUACCGCAGGACAAGAGAAAUUCCAUUCAUUAAUUCCUUCUUACAUUCGUGAUUCUACAGUUGCAAUUUUUGUUUUUGAUAUCACAUCUCGUUCUUCAUUCGAAGAUCUUGAAAAAUGGUUCAAGAUGGUUUUAGAUAUUGCCAAUCCUAGACUUAUCAUUGUUGGCAACAAAUGCGAUUUAGACGCAGAACGUGAAGUUACUAAAGAUGAUGCCGAGAAAUACGCAAUUAUUAAAUCAGCAGACUAUAUCGAAACAAGUGCAAUUGCACCAACAAAUAUCACAGAACUCUUUAAUCUCAUCGCAUCUACACCAUCUGAAAGCGAAUCUACACCACAGAACACAAAUCAACUUGCUCUCGAUACAACACCACGACAAGCUCUGCCUGCUCCAGAGCCUACUCCAGCUGCAGCUCCAGCUCCUAGUGUUGACCUUACAAAGCCAGCAAACCCACAAGCUGGAGGUGGCUGUUCUUGCUAA